CCAAAACCCCGUCUUCUUCUUCCAACUUCACUGUUGGUCUUUGUUUUUAUACAGUAGAAGCACCAUUUGUUCAAACAAAGCAAGAGAGAGUGUUUUUUGGUUAGAAGAAAAAGAGAGGAAAGACAAUGUCAGGUCCUCAGUGCUGUUCGAACCCGCCAAUAUUGGACCCUGCAAGUGGAGCUGGUCAUGUUGAGAAACUUGCUGGCUUCAACACUUAUGUUUCUGGCUCUAUUCAAUCCAACCUUACUAUUCUUCUUGUCUCUGAUAUUCACGGAUAUGAGGCUCCAAACUUGAGAAAGCUCGCAGACAAGGUUGCAGCUGCUGGGUUCUAUGUGGUGGCUCCUGACUUCUUUUAUGGAGAACCCUUUGUCCGUGAUAAACCUGAUAGACCUUUUCCUGCUUGGAUAAAGGAUCAUGGACCGGAUAAAGGUUUUGAGGAUGCAAAGCUCAUAAUUGAUGCUUUGAAAAGUAAAGGGGUUUCAUCAAUUGGAGCUGCUGGGUUCUGCUGGGGUGCUAAAGUUGUGGUUGAACUGGCAAAGGUUGCCCUUAUCCAAGCAGCUGUGAUGUUGCAUCCUUCAUUUGUGACUGUGGACGAUAUCAAGAGUGUGAAGGUGCCCAUCGCGAUAUUGGGAGCUGAGAUUGACAAUUUGUCUCCCCCAGAACUUGUAAAACAGUUUGAUGAGAUAUUAAAAGCGAGUGAGGUUGAUAGAUUUGUGAAGAUAUUUCCUAAAUGUGCCCAUGGAUGGACGGUCAGAUACGAUGUCAAUGAUACAACAGCUGUGUCAUGCGCUAAUGAAGCUCAUCAAGAUAUGCUGGAGUGGUUUGCAAAGUAUGUUAAGUGAGAAACUUAUCCGAUGAUGAUGGUGUUAAUGCGUAUUAUCUAGAAUUCUGUUUACAAUAUGGUCUUGUUUCUACAGAAUAAGGGUAAAUUUUAAUGCAUUGUGCCUUAGUUGCGGUAGAAUUUAGAAAAGCUUGAACGGAUGUGGUGUCCAUGUUGUACCAUUUAGCCAAUGCAUUGGAAUUCCUGUUUAUGUGGUUCAGUAUAAUGGAAUUUCUGUUUAUGUUGUACUAAAGGGCUAAUCAUAAAUUCAGUAUUCUAUCCCAUUGGUUA